UUGCCCUCUUUUUGCCAUUGCACAUCUCUCUCUCUCUCUCUCUCUCUCUCUCUCCCCAUGAGUACUCCUGUCUACCUGAACUCACCACCUUCUCCUUUUCCUUUCUUAGAAUUGAAAGAAGAUCAUCCACAGCUCCAUUUCUUCAUUCCACCAAGCCAAGCUGCUGCUUCUUCUCUCUCGUCGCCUAUUUUCUUCGACACAACUAGAGAUCCGCAGCAAAAGAAUGAUCAGCAGGCCAAUUACAAGUACAUUUUGCAUGGUGGAUCAAGCGAUCAUCAAGUGAUCGCGUCUUCCUCAGCUCAGCCAAUGGUUGGAUCCUCUGAAUACAGCCAUGAAUUCUCCUCUUGCAAGCUUGACGGGGAAGCUAACAAGCCUGCAAAAUGGAUGUCUUGGAAGACGAGGAUGAUGAACUCGGCGGCAACUGAUAAACAAGAGAUGAUCACACCCAAGUUUCAUGAUCCGGAGCAGCACAAAAGUGGAUCCAAUUCUCCUAAUAAUGGUAACAACACCGUUCGUGUCUGCUCAGAUUGUAGCACGACGAAAACCCCUCUUUGGAGAAGUGGCCCUCAAGGCCCCAAGUCGCUAUGCAAUGCCUGUGGGAUCCGACAGAGGAAAGCGAGGCGAGCCAUGGCAGCUGCAGCAGUGGCGGCUGCCGCCACACAAAGGAUGGUCGUUGGCCCGGACAACUCAUCAACAACCAGGCCUCACAAGGUGCAAAGCAAGGAAAAGAAACCACGCAUGGGCCACCAGUACAAGAAGCCAUUGUUCAAGCUGCCUGGGUCUCCUCAAUGUGGGGAGAAGAAUGCCUUGAAGGAAUUUGCUUUAAGUUUGAGCAAAAAUAAUUCAUCUUUGCAGCAAUCUUUUCCUAAGGAUGUAGAAGAAGCUGCCGUCCUUCUAAUGGCCCUGUCCUGUGGCCUUCUUCAAAGUUGAACUAAAUGUUUCAUUUUUUUUUUCUCUUCUUAAUUUGCUUUUGUUAAUUUUGUUGGAGAGUAGAGAAACUAUGUGUUGCUUCGUUAGCUAUGUUCUACCCCAUAAUCUUGAUCAAUUCAUAAGAUAGGUAUUAGUGAAA